CGGGUGUGUGCGGUGUGCCACACAGUUGAUAGUUAAUUCGUGAUAUCAGUUGUAGUUUGCUAUGAUAUCAAUUUAAAUAUUAUUUUUAUGUCUGUGGUUUGCCGGUUUUAAAAUUUGAAAUUUGAACUUUAUACAUCGAACAUUAAACAGUGGUUUUUAAAAAAUUUGUUUGUAUAAAUAGUAGGUACUCUUUUAGUAUUUUUAACUGGUUAUGUAAAUGUACGCCGUAUAAAUAAGUUUACAAUUUGUAUUAUUAUUAUUAUCUUGUGACUUUAAUUGUUAAUCAUAAUUUUAUAUUAUUAAUACCUAUUAGUAUAAUAGAAAACUUGAAGUCAACGGAUGUAAUUGAAAUUAAGGUUCUGUGUUCAUAUGCAUUAAUACAUUUAUGUAUUAUCUACAGUCUACAAUAGUAAUUUCUAAUUACACUCAGAUACUUUAUUGGUUUAUUAAUUUAUAAUAAUUUAUUUUUAAAGUUACACAAUGAGUAGUAGUUGUAAAGACUUAACAGAUUUGAAGACAGUAAUUCGUAGUAUACUUGUUGCCACCUUUGAAGCCAUGACAGUUGAAGAACUAUUGGCAAAAGUUAUUCAAAUGUUUGAUGGACCACAUAAUGUACAAUUUGAACAUUUUGGUUAUGAUACAUUUUUUCAACUUCUCCAGCAUAUACCAGAUGUUGUUCAAGUAAUAUAUAUAUAUAUAUUUAUUACAGAUAAUGUCGUUAUAAUCAUAGUUUAACCUAAUUUGUGCUGUUUGUUUUAAUAUUGGAGUGUAUUGGCCUAUUACCUAAUUUAAGGGUAAGUAUGUUGUUUGUAUUUGUACAUAGGUAUUUUCUCGAUAUUUUAAUUCUUAAUCUAAAUUUAACGAUUUUUAAAUUGUAAUAUUAUAUAUGUUUGUAACUCACUUAAAAUUUAAAACACCAAGAAAAAACCAACGUUCUAAAACAAACAAUGUUCUUACCUUAAGUUUGAUAAUAGGCCCGUACACUCUAGUAUUAAAACUAACAGCACAAAAUAGGUUUGUAUACACAAAAAGUAUAAAUAUAACGACAUUAACCGUAAUAUAUAUAAAAAGAAGUCAUUGCAUUUGAUUUUAAGUAGACUUUAAAUAGGUGCUAAUUUUUUACCCCUUACAAGUAUGUUCCUAAUUCAGUAUGCAGUCAAUAUACAUUUUUAACUUGUUUAUGUUCCUAUUUAUUCUAAAAUGUGUGUAUAUACAAUGACAUAUUUUUUCAUACAGCUAUAGCAAUUUACAGCUUUCUGGAAUACAAGUGUUUCAUACUCUCUGGAGUAAUAUAAAUAUGGACAUAUUCUUAUGACUAUGGAUUUUCCCUCUCAAAGUAGAAGAUUCCCCCCCCCCAACUUUAAAUAACUGCAGUAAAUUAUAUUAUACAUAUAAUUUUUAAUGCGUGUAUCAAAAAUUAAUACAUUUUAUAUUUUAUCUUAAUUGCAGUAAGUUUAUGGUACAUUUUUUUCCUGAACUUUAAUAACUCGAAAACCUUAGUAAAUCAAAAAAAAAUUAAAUUUCUCUAAAAUUUCGACUUAUCAAAGUUUCACUUUAUUUAAUUUCAAAGUUACCACAAAUUAUAGUAAAUAAUAAAAUAAUAAAGUAAAAACAAAAUUAUCAAAAUGGUUAAUACUCAUAAAUAAAUAUAGUAAAUAGUAAUAGUUUGUAAUAUUUGCCAAUAAAGGUGACCAUUAGGUUUACACUUAGGACACCAGUAUCAGGUUUGGACCUGCAGAUCAGUAGGUUAAUAUUAUAAAGAGUGAAGGAAGCAGUGGCACUCGAUCUGACAAGAGGAGUUGUAAACUUUAAAUUGCUUUUCAAUGGAACUAAAGAUUUCCACUAAAUUCUAAUUUCACCAACAUUUUCAUUGUUGAAAAAUCUAUUUUGGAAAAAAAAAAUUCAAUUUCAUGAAGGUUUUUUUUAACUAGAAUAUUGUUCCAUUAUAUUCAUAAUUUAAUAUUAAAAAAUGGUACACAGAUAAAAAAAAAAACAAAAAUGUAAAAUUAAUCCAUCCUCAUAUACCUGAACCCAAAAAAAAAAAAAUUACUACUGUAAAAAAAAGUAAUGUAAUACUAUAUAUAUUUUUUUUUACCGCCAAGUAUAACUUUUAAUGAAUCUCCUGUCAUAUUUCAACCAUUACUGUUAGUUGUAACUUAGUCGUAACUUUUUAUCCACAGAGUACCUACCAAAAAAAAUUGCGAUAAAUAUGAUAUUCUCAUAGUAUAAUAUUUAAUAGAGCUGUUUAUAAUCAUGCCUAUUGUCUUUAUAAUAGCUUGAUGAUCCAGAAAAUCAAAAUAGUAUUAUUAAUUUAGUAAGUUCAAAAAAAAGCCGACAUUUGGAAAUAUUAGUGUCCAAUAACAUUAUAAGACCACCUACUAAUAAAUCCACAAAAUCGCACAAAGAGUUAAUAUUACCAUACCGAGUACAAUGUGCAUUCAUAAGAGUUUUUGUUGAAUUGUAUCCUGAAGUAAGAUAAUUUACCUAUAUAUUUUUAACAGUAUAUAAUAGUUAUACUCAACUAAAUAUUUAUUUUUUUGUUUUCAGGGUUUGCCGAUCAAUGAUUUUGUAUCUAAUAUUAUGUGUUUUCCUAUAUUUAAAUUAUUUCUUGAAGACUAUGAAUUAUUAUUAUAUAAUAAUAUUCAUAUAUUUAAAAAAAUUAAUCAUUAUGGAGAGAAACUGAUAUGUUUACAACAAUCAUUAUUAGAGAAAGUAGAAUUAUUAAAUGAGGAAGGUAUUGUUUAAAAUAUUAAUAAUUUUAUUUAAAUUCAAAUUACAAAUUUGCUAAAAAUCAUUUUAAUGUAAUUUAUAAUUAUUCAUUUUUAAAGUGUUAAACAAUUCCAAAAUAACAAUGGGUUAAUUGUGUAAUUUUAAUUUAAUUCUAAAGACUAGAACUAGAAAAUAUAUUAUUGUUGUUUUUUCCUAAAAAUAUUUUGAUGAAUUAAAUUAGUUAAAAAAUGAUCUAUUUAUUGUUCAGUUAUGAGGCCGUCACAUGACGGAUGAAGUACUGUUAUAGGUGAGAAGUUGGGAAGAUUGAGGGGAAAUUGAAUAUAUAUCUGUAUACAUUAAUUAAAUAUUGCUAACAAAAGACUAUUCUGAGUAGAGUUCAAUUAUACAUAUAUUGAAAGGCCGUAAUAUUUAUGAUUUAAAAAAAAAAUAUAAACCACUGGAAAAAUCAAAAUAACCAGAGCAAGAUUUCUUGUAAAAAAGUUGUUUACAGAUAAAAAAAUAAUCAUCAUUGUAAAACCAAUACAUUCUUCGCUCUGCUCAGAAUCUAAAAUAAAACUAAUAUAUUUUAUUUAUUUAAUUUUUUUUUUUUAAUUAAUUCAGUUAAUUACCUAAAUUCCUGUCUAAAGCAUUGCAACUUUGUGCUGUUAGUUUUAAUGUAAGAGUGAAUUGAUCUAUUAUAAAACUUAAAGGUAAGAUUAUUAUCUUUAAUUUUUAUAAUAGGACAAUUCACUAAUAUUAAAACUAACAGGACAAAGUUGUUCCGUGUGAUUGUAAAUUUACUAUAUCAUGUAGUUGUAAAAUAGAAACAACAAAUACAUGGGUAGCAUCCUCUUAAGGUUUUAGAUAUAUAAUUGAAGGUGCUUAAAAUAUUUUACACAUUAUCAAAAAUAAUAAACAAAAUAAUUUGUAUAAAGUUUUGGUAUCACAAUUUCAGAUAAAUUUACAGCCAUGGAAAUAUAUGCAAUUGAUCAGGAUUCAUUGGAAAGGUAUGUGUAAUAUACAAUCCUAUAAUAUGAUAAUUUUUGUUUAAAAUAUUGAGCUUAUUCAUUUUUAGCACAAUUACUGAUGAAAAACUUGCUAAUGGACUUGAAUAUGCUCUUUUUGAUAUUUUAGAAGAAAAAAUUAAGAAUAAUAUUGAAAGUCUUUUAGAAGAACAACCAGGUUGGAUACCUGAAAGUCAAAUAUGCGAUUUAUAUAAAGUAAGAAAACAUUUAAUUAUUCAUAAGUUAUAGACUUGUAACUUAUAAUACUAAUUUAAUAUGUGUUAUGAAAUACUAAUUAUUAAUAUUAUUUUUUAGACCAAAUUUGGAUCCACAUUUAACCAUUUUAGACGUUGGGGUUUUAAUAGAGUGAGUCAAAUGUUUGCUAAACUACCAGAAUUAUGUAGUAUUAAAAUUUCAACUUAUGAAAUAUUAAUAAUUUCUAUAAAAAAAAAAAUUGUUAAUAAAUCCACAAAAAUAAAUAUAGAAGAAACAAAAAAUGGUAUUGCACUUUGUAUAUUAUUAAUUUAAAGACGAUAUAAUAUAAUAUUUCUUUUAUAUAUAAUUUGAUAUUUAGAGAUUCAAAAUACUUCUAAUCAACCCAAACAUAUUUUACGUCCAAAAGAAUUUAAUAGAAAAAAUGAAAUAUUACAAAAAUAUUUAGUAAGUGUUCCUAUUUAAUGUAUACUUUCACUUACAAUAAUAUUAAUGAAUGAAAUAUACAAAAUUUGUAUAAUAUUGUUGUAGGAAAAUGAUACAUUUCUUGAAGCAUCAUUAAAUGACUGUUUUUUGGAUUCAGAAAUUGAACCUUUUGAGUUGAAUAUGAACGAGUUAUUAAAUGUUUAUGUUACUAGAAUAGAUUCGGAUUUUGUACCAACUAUAAUAUGCCAAAUUAUUGAUGAAUCUGUUGAGUUUAAAAAUUUAUUAGUUAAUAUGAAGUAAAUAUUAAUUCAUAAUAUUUAUUUUAUUUUAUUUUAAUUGUUUGUUAAUAGUAUGUUUGAGAAAACAGUGAAAUUAUAUAUAUACUAUAUGUCCCAAAAGUCCCGUGCCACCCUGAUUAUCUUCGUUGAAAAUCAAUAAAUCUAAAUACAGUUUUUUCAGCAGUAAUUUAUAAAAAAAUUCCAGUUUGAUAGCAUACAUUAAAAAAAUAAAUGUAUGUAAUUUAGUUUUGAAAGUUUUCUAGAUACUCAUUUUUUUGGUGAAGUUUACUAUUAUAAACUAUUAUUCUCAUAAAAUCAAAAACUUAAUCUGCUCUAACUUGUCAAUUUUCACUAAAAAAUUUUAAUAUUAGACACAUGAAAUAUAUUGUUUUUUUUCUACACUAUAUCCAUUGCAUAUUAGUUUUACUUGUAUUUCAUUAGAAAAUUUAAAAAAUAUUUACUUAUUUAUUUGAACAAUUAUUAUUUGCAGAAAAUUCUAUUCAAGGCAUGAAUCUAACUUCAAAUUUAAUUCCACUAUAAUAAUGAUCAAACAAACAUAUGCUUUUUCUGUGGAUGGUAUGUGGCAUAGAGGAAUUGUUACUGAUAUUGAUUCGAAUAAUAUAAGAGUAAGUGUAAAAAAUACUUUUGUGUUAUACAAAAAAUGUGAAAUUGUUUAAUUACUAGUAAAAUGUUUAUUAACUAUUCACAUAUAUUAAUGUAUACUAUUAAUUAAACUAACACAUUACUUAAAAUUAAACAUUUCGUAAUUAUUGUUUUAAUUUAUUUUUUGUAAUAAUAUCAAAUAAUGUUUUUAAUGCUCUAGGUGAUUAAUAUAGAUGAUGGCUCUGUUAAUAUUGUUUCACCUCAAAAUAUACGAUUAUUGUAUAAAAAAUUUAGUGAACUACCAGCACAGUCAUUUGAAUGUCGAUUAUAUGGCAUAGGAAAAAUGAAUAAAACAGAACUACACCAACUUGAAGAUAAAAAAUGUACAAUUUUUGUAGUACAUACUGGUCAACAUGAUAAAGUAAUAAUAAACCUAAAAAUACUAAUUAAUUCUUUAUUUAAAAUUAAAAUGUUGAAUAUAAAAAGCCGGGAAAAUUCGUAGAUGGGUGGACCAUUGUUGUAGGUAAGAAGUUGGGAAUAUAGGAAACAUAAAAUAAUUUUUUCUAUAAGCAAUUAUAAACCAUUGCUUACGAAAACAAUUUAAGCCAGUUUGAGCUAUUUAUAGACAUUUAAAUUGUGCAAAUUGUAUACGUAAAAUUAUUAGGUAGGCACUGUGUUGUAAAAUUGUUAGAAUUAACAGAAAUGCUUGAAAAUUUAAAAGGAAAUUCAUUAAGUCCUACUUUGUGAACCAAAAAAAAAAAAUUUUAAUCUUAAUACAAGUAUUUUUCUUUUUAUAUAUAUAUAUAUAUAAAGGAAUUUUAAUAUCAAAUUUUGACAAAAAUCAUUUGAGUAAAAUAUUAUAUGGAACAAAUCUCAUUAUGUAUUCUGCUUAUUUAAGAAUGAUGAUAAAGUCAGAAUUGAGUGGACUCACUUAGUUCCAAAUUUUUAUUUUUAAAGUUCUGAUAUUAUGCGGAUAUUAUAUGUCAUUUCUAUAUUAAAUAACUAUAUUGUUAAUUUUAUAUUAUGUCCAUUGUAGUCUAGUCUAAUAGGUGCUACCUACUUAUUGUCAUCCUAGAGAUAGAGUUUAAACUCGUGUUCUGAAAAAAACAAUUUUUGCAUUUAUUUUUUCCGUUUUACCUAUACAGAAUAAAAACUCGCUCGUACUAUUUUAUUCGAAAAAUACCCCUAGAUUUGUUGUACAAAAUUGUCUACCAGAAAUCUUGCUCCGAUGUAUCAACUGUAGCACUUUUUCUGAAAGGAUAUUGAAAGUAGUCAUUUUUUAGACUUGUUCAAGAGUUUUGCCAAUAGUUGGGAUAAAACAGAAACUGUAUGAAAUGUAUGUAUUAGUAAACAAAUAUUACAGGCUUUUUUCUUCCGGUGAAUAACUUUUCUACCUUCAAUUUUGUUGAGUUUAAAAUAAUAAUUCUUUUUCUAUAAGAUAAUCUGAUUGGAGUGGUACUUUAGGGAGGCCAAUUUUUCAUUUUCUCAGGAGAUUUCUCAAUAAAUAGGAAAAUCAAAAAGCAACACUAUUAGCCGAACUCCUUUCUGAACCUUUUUUCGUUAGCAUUGGUUAAUCGUAUAUAUAGAUAUACAUUGAAUUUCAUCUCUACUUUCCUAACUCAUCUACAACAGUGGUCCACCUACGUGAGGUGUAUGUCCAUCUUUUUUUUAAAUAAUAAUAAUUUAUAAAUAUAUUUUUUUAGUUGGCAGAUAUUAAAAUCAGAUAUCUAAAUUCAACAUCACAGGAAUACUUAAAUGACGAAUGGAUUAUAAGUGGUGCUGCUAUUCCUGCAACCUCGGAUACAUCCUCGGAUGAAGAAUAUUUAUAAUGUAUUAUUAGUUAUCUUAUAAAACAAAGUUGUUUAAAUUUUAAAACAUUAACUUGACUAACAUAACUAUUAUAGUAGCAAUAAUUGUUUAAUGAGAUUGUUCCUGCAUAUAAUUAUAUAAUAAUGGUAAAUUAUAUAAUACCGUAAAACUCAGAAUGUAUUUGUUUGAAUUAUAUAAUUCCGGAAUAAAAGUGUAUUUUUAUGGAAUGUAAAACUAUAGAAAAAAAAAUUUGUGAACCAUAUUGUCAGGGACUGUAAAAACCUGGAAUCGAAAACCUGCAAAACGUAUUUUACGGAUUGUAAACACUUGGACUGUAUUUUACCGGAAAAUUUAUAAGCCCCGUUUGUAUGUUUUUGGAAAAAAAAAAGGAUAGUCAUGGAUUGUAGAAUUCCAGAAUACAGGAUUUUCUAAUCCAUAAUUAAGAACUGGAUAUUGUAGAAAAAAUAUAGGUAGUUAUGUGUACCGUUGCUAGUCCUGAUCUUUUAUUAACAAACCCUAUACAGACUGUAUCUAUAUUAUAAAAUCUACAAAAUACUCAUUAUCUCAGAAAAUAUUAACUUUUUUCAACAACUUAAAAAAUUAGAAAUUAGUAGCUAUAAGGAGUUACAUUACCACUAUUUUAGUUGCCUUUAUUAAUAUUUUCGCGGUUGAAAUAAAUCUUUUUUAUUUUUAAACGAUCUCGUAAAUGUUUUUAAUAACAAAUAUUAAGGCUUUGGAGC